AUGAUCAGAGCCGCUAUCCUCCUUGCUCUUAUAACCUCCGUGUUCGGUAUGUGCAGUAUUGAAAUAAGCUUCAAGUUUUAAUUACUAAAUCGCAUUGUUACAUAAUGUUUGAACUUCACUGCAAGAACUUCGAGCUAUGUUUUAGGAGCUGAGGACUUUGAAACAAUGCCGAAUUCGUCAUUUGUCUAUCUCGAACCGUUUGCACAAAGACCGCAAGUGCGUUUCAGCUCAUAUAAAAUUUUUAGCGAAGGGCCUCCUUGUACAUGCAAUGACAUACUUCUUUCAUUAUAGUCAAUUACAGUAGGGGGUCAGACUGUUGCAGAGGGCUCCCUGUCCAAUCCUUGUGAGGUUGGAAUCUCGUGUUGGCAACCGUUAACUGGUAUGUCCCUGCUAAUGCAGGCAUUGGAGUUUUCUAAAUACUGAUGGGACUUGUCAAAGUCUAAGUCGGACAUGCGAUUUCUCGUUGUGUCAGUUCUUUGCGCAAAACACACAGCACGUUGGGCUAAAUAUUUAUCAGAGUACUGUUCUUCUCAUUUAGACAAACAGUUUUCAUAUCUUUCGGUCGGACCAGAGAAUGGGACAGGCAUAAUUAUUUUAAUUCCAGCCGCCGGAAGUAGACUACCCACUGCAGUCAUUGUGAGGCAUAUUGGUGAAAAUUUGCAGGGUAUGAUUUAAUUAUUUAUAAUUUGCUUAUUUAAAUACUAAGAAUGGUGCUGUCAUAUUAAUUAUGCGGGUUUUCAACAAUAUUACCAUUUAAACAGUAAAAAAUAAUAUUAAGUAAUGUUUGAUACCGUGAAAGCGUUGCAUUUUUGUGACACGUAUGUUGCCCUGUAAGCUGAUGCACAGCCAUUGGAUUCACAAACGGUGGCCAACCACAAUAUCUGCAUAGGCAAUAGUAAACUGACAACAAGACAUAAGCCAGCAAUUGCCCUUUCCGCCCUGCAAGGUUUCAGUGCGUGAAGUAGAUUACCUGUCUCAUGCAAUAACUACCGACGAUUUGAAAUGCGUUUUCAUUUUAAAAAGUACAUAAGCAGUGUUGUCACAUUAAUUAUCCUGCCGCACAUACCGUAGUCAUUCCACUCACGCCAGAAUAUCGGCUUCCGAUAGAAUUUUUUAAUUACAGUCUGCAUAAGGUGCAUUCUGUUAAAAAUGCUAAUGCGAGAAGCCUGCACUAUUUUCUCAGAUUUUUCAUGCUGUCAUAAAGCAACAUAUACUUCGCAGUAUGCGUGCAUAAAAGUAUCAUUCUUUCACUCAAUUGAGAAAGUACGUGUUCUCCUAAUUUUGUGCAAAAAAGAGUAUCUUUUGGUUUUUAAGAACUACUGUUCACCGAAUAAUUUUGAACCCGACUUGUCUAUUUCAUUUGCAUUCUGAGUUUCGAAAGUGCAGGCUGUAUAGUUUCCGCUUGAGGAAAAUUUUAUAUUUCUAGAUAUUGUCAAGACGAAUUCAUAUAGAGUGCACAUAGUUGGCUGUCAAUGACGACUAUGUUGUCCUUGGUUUUACGAUGUUGUGUGAUAUUGAAUUUCACGAUGAUAAUAAAUCUAAUAUUUCUAAACUUUUCUAAACUUUUCUAAAGCCGGAAUACGCAGUUUUUUAAGUUGAGAAUGUUGAGGAGACAGUGUUUUCUAAUAAAUUGGCAGAAGAGAAAAUGUUUUGUGCAUGCCUUCUACAAAAGUAUAUUUAAACUUACAAAGGCAUCAACUUUUUGACAGAAGCAUUAUGCCACAUAUGUAGUAAUUUUUGUGGAAUGUAGUUUAUGCAGACUGUCCAUAAGAGGCUCUGUCAACAAGCGCUAUCCACACUUGACAGUAAUAUGCUAAAAAUAUGUGGCACAGGAAUUAAUUUGACAAGUCCACUUGAGGAAUCUUCUCAAACUGGGGACGACUUUCAGAUUUUCAAUUUAUAUAUGAUGAGAUGGCACAGCCGUUGUAGAUCAAAUUCCAAGGAACACAAACAUUCUUUCAAUAACUUAGGCCAACCUACUGGCAUUCCAUCUAAAUCGAAACUACGGAGUAAAUUUCAAGUUUAAUAAUUUUAAUUGAAACUAAAAUCCAUCAAAACUACUAUCUAUGCAGUUCCGCCCAUGCCAGUCGUCGCUGGAAGGAUCAUAAACCUUGACAUAAACACCACAGCGGAACGUGGGAUAAUUCUUCUGUAUAACGAGGACGUAAAGGUUUGUAAAGACUUUUUUAAGCAUAUAAUUGCGGUAUUGACAGUGGCUCGCUAUAUAUUUACAAUCUUUAUUUUGCAUAUCUCGUGGUUUUACAGGACACUAUUGUUGGAGGACAUAUUCACAAAUCUAACGACGUAGGACCGCCAGACGGCAAACACUUGUUGCAUAUACCUUACCGUAAGUGGAACUUGAAACCAUACGAAAUUAUAUGCAACAAAAAGACGUCAUUUUUCGUAUAAGUGUUUCACAUUGCAAGGAUCCACAAGAAUUGUGCUUUCCGGCUAUUCGGUGUAUAAAAUAGUGCGCGUUCUACUUCGGGCAAUUGUAGUCACAGAGGACGGCAACUAACCGAAUAUUUUGAGAGCAACAUGCAACAGAAGCGUAUAAUAAUCUUCAGGAAUUAAGAGUGGAAAACGGCAACUAGGUAACAAAUAGGCAUUCCAUUAGCCUAUGCAUAGAAAAGCUACCGGUGCCAAACUCCUGAGUAAAUUGUAAAUUACUCAUGCUGAUGUCUGUCUCCAUGGUUCCAAAUAAAACAAAUGAGGGAGAAGCUUAUUUGUAAUUGCAGAUCGCUUCAUACAACUUGCAGCGUUAGACUCAUAAUUAAAAUCCAUUUUAACAAUGAUAAUAUGCCAAAUGUUUUGCACACUGGCAGUUGAGGAAGCAACGAAAGGACGCACCUUUGUCCUGCUGACGGGACACCUGGACAAUACAACUUUGGAAUACACACUCAAACUUAACGCAAGUACCUCUGACCUGGUUAGGGUGGUGCCAGUUGAAGGGCGGUCUACUCCAAGGGUGUUCCGUGUCUCCCUUAGCGGGGAGUCGUCUCUCCACUUCUGUAGAGUCCUAAUAUUCACCUACUUAGUCAUCUCGUUUUUCUCCAUCGUUUGAAAGACAUUUUUUUGAAGAAAAGCAAUAAAAGUCUUAUGGUCUUCGUUUGUUCUCAGGAAAAGCUAACCGCAGGGUAUGGCCUGAGUUCAUUACUAAUAUGUGCACUCCUUCUUAUCCAGACUGUUUGACAGUAUGGACGUAGGCAUUUCGAUGUGGAUGUUGCAGGCGUUUUGGCUGGAUAGUAGACGCAGUUUCCGUCAUAUAUUGAAAAGUUGAAGUUCUUUCCUAAAGUUAACCUCGGAGAAGGAUGAAAGAAAUUAGAAGCUUUUAGGCGAAUACAACAGAAAUGUCACAUUCAGGAAGAAAAAGUCGCGAGAGUUUUAUCAACUGAGAAAAAGCAGAUACAGGGUAGAUCGCAAUUGUGGUCGACUAGGGCUCACAUUUCGGGGGUCCAGGUAGCGUCUAAGUUGGUAGUGCACUCAGACCGCAGCAAUAAUCAUGAACAGGCGUUGUUUUAGAGGGUCGACGAGGAAAUACACCAGUAGAAGAAGUGGUUUGUUACUUACAGUAGCCCAAUACUGACCACAGACCCAGGCCGUAGCCAGACACUGAUUUUGCCCAUGUGGCUGGUACGUGGUUGUGGAUGUCUGUAAUUGGCUGGUGCAGAGGAUGCAUACUCGCGCGUUUUGUGAUAACAUGAUUCCCGGCUCGGUGUGGUUGUAAGAGUUGAAAGGCUUGUGGCACUACAUUCACCGAGCGACACUGAAGAACAAACCCGCAUGUUUGUCAAGUCGACUGAGAACUCUGGAGACCGAAGCGGAUUCAUAAACUGUUCGAUGGAUGUAUCCGUAGCUACAGGGCGUGACCGAUCUCAUGAAAUGUUGGCUGGAAUUUUGGAAUGCGUUUCCGAUUAGGAAGGAUUACUUGGGUCAGAUUACAAUACUGAUCAGUAAUGCGGCAUAAUUCUACAGAUCUUCGGACUUGCCUGAAAGUCGGAUUUCGAAUACAUUUUUGCCUGACCUACUGCAAAAUGCACAGUGGACUAAAAAUAAAUACUUAAUUAGCAUGUAUUUUUUCCAUUGAUUUUUGAUGUUUCUAUAAAUUCAAAUAUAUUUUACAGAAAACAUGCAAAAAGAUAUGCUUUUUUAUUUGUUUGGAAGAUAAUUACAUUGCCUUCUUAUUUUAUACUCGAAGGAAGUGUGUAUUUAAGUUUUAAGUAUGCCAAUAUUAUUGUCCGCUUCUGUUCUUAACUCCGUCUCCAAUUGCGUCUGUGCGGAAAGGCAGAGCACAGAGUAUAGCCUGCGUUAAUUACUAAUAUAUGCGUCCCCCCUUGCCUAAACGGUUCCACUGUAUAAAUAUAAGCGUUCUGCCGAGGGUGGUGAAGUAACAAUGGCUGGAUAUCCGAUGUUACUUUUUUCACACAUUGACGAGUUUCAGUCGUUUCCUAGAUGAAAGUGGUGGGAAACCAUUAGGGCAAUAAAACAGAAAUGUCAUAUUUAAGAGAUAAAAAUAGUUGCAAGGGUUCACUCAAGGAUCUAAAACAAAUGCAAACUUAUCCCUAAUUGUAGCCGACUAGGUCUCACGGUUUGAGAAUCCACGUAGUGUCCAAGUAGUCAGUGUACUCAAUGGCCACAUUAGUCGUGAAAGAGUUUUGUUUAGAGGGUGGAAAGGGAAGGGCACUAGUGGAAGAAGUGCUGUAUUCUCUACAGAUGCACAAUAUUGGUCACAGAUCCGGCCCGCCUCGGGCACCGGGUAUACUAGCGUGGCUAUACGUCGGGAUGACGUCGGCGUGAGUGAAUAAACAUGAUGCGCGAGCAAGUCAGCCUCAGCUUAGUCAGUUGAUCGUGCGCGUCAGUGAUUGGUUGACCCCGAGACCGGAUACGCGCCUGUUUCGUGAUCACAUGAUUCCCAGCUCAGUGUGCUUUAGAGAGACAGAAGACUAAAGGCGCUACAUCCGCUGACCGACCCUGACAAACAAAGUCCCACGUUUGGCAAGUCGACGGAGAACCCUGGAAACCGAAGCGGAUUCACAAACAGCUUAAGGAUAUCCGUAGCUAAGUGACGCCAAAAUAGACUCGCGGUCGCAAAGUUCCCUUCAUACACAAGCAACACUUGUGAAAUGUCAUGAGAAUGCGUUGGAAAGUGUGUAGCACACUAAACGUACCAUAGCUGAGCCAAAUCAUGAAAUGCCAUGAAGUUACACAAGAAAAUCCCUAUAACGCGGAAUACGCCUAACCUGCGUUCCUCAAAAUGCUACGGCUGUAAAAAAAAGACUUUUCUUAAAAAGAGGACAUAGUUGGGGUUAUCGGUUAAUAUAUACUAACGUAAAAAUAAUUAAUUUUCACUGAAGAAGUAAAAUUGCAGAAAAUCGCCAUAUUACAAGUCGCUUAGAUGGGGCUAAUUUUAAGAGUGCGCAAUGAAGGGGGAAGCAGAAAAUGGCAAAAAUUAGUGAAAAUAAAUGACACCAACUAUUCGAAUUGUUCUCACUUUCUGCAAUCCUUAUGUUGAAAGGAUAUCAUUUUCUCGAUUUUUGCACUGUCAACACAUUUCAGUUUACUUCCAUAGCAUUUAAACACUAAGUAUAAUGAUGAUUUAUCGGGAGCAAACCAAAGCUCUCUGAAAACACCUCUGAAUACUCCAUGCGACAUUGUGAAGUAAUCCAAUUAUCUGUGUUGUGUAACCCCGGAGAUAAACCUUGGCAAAUUUUCGUUCGAUUGCUUACAACGCAUGAUCAGAUUUUUUGUUCGAAGGGUUUGGCACUCGCAAGCAAUCCAAAGGAAAUUUCUCGCGGAUUACCUUUAUUUCUCCAAAAUAUGGCGAAACCUCCAGCAUAGCGUUUAGUAGCAGCCAAAGCUGAGUGUAAGCGGGCUGAUACAACCCAUUGAUUUCGUUAACACGUCAAACGACAGUUAAGUCAUGCUAGUGACAUGCUAGCAUGGGUGAAAGGAGUUAAGACUGUUUUCAUAGGUUUCCUCCUUUCUUCUGACCCUAGAUGAUAAUUAAAGAGAAAAUCAAACCGUAAAACUGGCCAGGGAACCAAAGUGUGAUUACCGGCAAAAUAACUGAAAAGGUGUAUUCCUACGGUCUACGGCCUAUCAGCUUAUCUUUAAUCAAUUCCGGCUACUGCCAAUGCGCUUACUGCAAAAACAAGUGUAUUGUGUUUACUCCCAUACAACUAAAAAUAAGUCGUGUGCUAAUCGCUAUAUAGCAUUUAUUCCCGAAUUCACAACGUAGCUCAAAUUCUAGUUUUUGACAUCUAUGCAAAACCAUCAGUAAACUUCAAAUUAGUUAUACGUUUCUUAAACUUAUUUGAAAGACAUUAAGUUAAGGGAAUAAGAAUAUCCUUCCUGAACUUCCAAUGUGAAUACGAAGAAUUAUAAUAAUCAGGUGUUAAGGCAGUAAUUAUGGAAACCCCAUAGACAUCAGUAUUUUUAAGCCCAGCGAAUAAGGCAUGUAUUUGGCGCGAUGCGCUCCGAUAGGACCGGCGAUGGGAAACCUUCGUUCUUCGGGAGGACUCUACGUAUUCGCAGUUCCGGUUUCUGUACAGGUGUCUCGACAAUAAUGUGUUACCGAAAUGUGUUUCAUACAAGCCACCGGUUAACACGGAUUUGGCGAGACGAGCAGUAUUUCAGCACGGCAGAAGGAUGAUCCGAGUGCUCCUCCAAGAUUGCCACGCGAGACUUCGUAAGUACCGUCAAAGGAUUGACCAAGAAAAGACCAGAUGUUGUGAGUUCAUGGGCUAGAUCGGUACAAAUCUGCUCCUGCAGAGGGUGACUGAAUAAUCCCGCGAAUAGAGAAUAAUACGCGACGCAGCACUGGAGAACAAAUUCCGAAAGCUGCCCAAUCCAACUUCUCCCAUAAAGGACAAACUGGUGCACAAUCUGUCGUCAAAGGAGCUAACGAAGGAUCAGAUGCAGGUUUUAAGGCACGAAGCUUCCUUCAACACGACUGACGCCAAACCUGUCAACAUGAUUGCAGCAGUGGGAGUAAUCCUUUAUCAGACGGAGGCAACGGAGGAGACUAAAAGCCUCAUGCGACACCAAGUGUCGUCUCUCCUGAUGGCCCACAGGCCGCGUGAAGUGCUUUACAAGGUCGAACGUGAUGCGCUAAGAGAACUCAAGGCCGGCAAGGACCUGGUCAUCGUGCCAGCGGACAAGGGGCGCUCCACGGUUGUACUGGACAGGACAAACUACCUUCAAAAAGUCAAAGGUUUUCUGGAGGACCGACAGUUCUAUGUUCCAUGUGCAGGGAACCCUUUUAAAGCGCUGACACCCGAAAUUAGUGCUACGUUAUUGGUAUUGGAUAACUCAGGGACAAUAACAACGACCGACAGGCGCGUGGCGAGACCCCACGAUACGACUUUGGCCCGAUUCUAUGGCCUCCCUAAGGUGCACAAAGACGGCGCUCCCCUCCGGCCCAUCGUGUCGCUCAAAGGGACUCCAACGUACGGACUGGUUAAGUGGCUGUUCCGGCGGCUCAAGUUCCUGACAGCUGAGUCAGACACCACGGUCUCAUCGUCAACACAGUUCCUGGAGAAACUCAAAUGGGUAAGCCUCCAUCCAAAUGAGGUCAUGGUAUCUUUUGAUGUUACAUCCACUCUUUACUUAUUUUCACCAGGACCUAACGAUCGAGACAAUCGAGCUGUCUCUACAAAGCAAAUAAGAUGAAACGGAGAAUCGUCUUGGACACGCCCAAAUCCUUCACCUCCUGAAGCUCUGUCUCAGGACGUACUUCACGUUCGACGGGACAAUCUACGAACUGCUGAAGGGCACACCGAUGGGUUCGCCGAUUUUGAGAUUCAUCGCCGAGGCGGUCCUGCAACGGUUAGAGUCGCUGAUCUUCCAACACCACAGACCCAAGUUCUGGGCCCGAUAUGUGGAUGAUAACUUCGUCGUCUUCGAACGGAAUCAGGUGUUGACAUUCCAAGAACAUCUCAACGCCGUCUUCCCGGACAUUCAGUUCACGAUGAAAGAGAAAGAGGACAACCAGCUGGCCUUCCUGCAUGUCCUCGUAUGCCGCAAAGAUUGUGGUAAACUAAAGACCAAAACGUUUAGGAAAGCGACAACUACGAUGCAAGUACUGAACUUCAACAAUAACCACCCAAUCAGCCACAAUCGCAGUUAUGUAAGGACGGUUUGUCAGCGUGUCGAAACGCACUGCAGUGAGCCGGAACACAAGAUUGCCGAACUACAAUACUUCCGACGCGUAUCCAAAGCCAAUGGCUACCUGCGCAACUUUGUCAACCGGUGAUCACGCUUGAGUGACGAAAGGCCUAACCACACGGACACCAAAUCUUGUCGGAUGCUUCCGUAUGUCAAGAAUUCCUCAGUAGCUGUCGGCCGCCUUGCACCACUUGGGGUUGAAGUUGCACACAGACCGGAGGCAACCAUCAGGUGUCUGUUAAUGAAACCGAAAGACCCGCUGCCACGGCUAGAAACGUCUGGAGUCGUUUAUCGGAUCAAGCGCAGUUGCGGACAACGCAACUACGUCGGAGAAACCGAGAGACAGCUCCGAUCGAGAAUGGCCGAACACGCUGCAGCGGUGCGGAGAAGUGACGCCAACUCUCACGUUGCGGCUCAUUUGACGAGAUUCGGCCACACAUUCAAAUUCGACAAUGCCGAAAUUCCCGCAAGAGGUGAUAACCGCGUGAGUCGCGACACUUUUAGGAAGUUUUAAGAUCGUGAAAUGCCUGCACAUCAACCAUUGUGCUUCCGGAUUUACUGAUGUUGCCUGUAAAGCCUAGAAUGCGACUAAAAUCCACUGCUGACUUUUCUGAGUCCCAUUUGGUCUCCUUUUAAUGGCAUAUUGAAGAGUAUGAUUUUCUAUAUAUCUUAUAGUUCGGAAGCAGUAAAGGCAGGCGUUACGGGACUUCGGGCACAAAUUUUUUCAGGACCGAAUUAUACCCUCGUUUCAAGUAUAGAAUUUGAAAAAAUACGUAUUUGUCCACCAACUGAUUGACGAAAUGAAUAUUGCUAUAUCUGUUUUCUGCGAAGUAGGAUAACAUCUAUAUGAGCAAGCCCAGAGGCUGUUUUGGUUCAUAUCUAAGAAACAACAACGCCGGUCGAUUGUCAGAUCUUCAGGCUAUUGCUUCGUAUUCAUAGCCAGACAUACCACCUGUCCUCAGUGUUAAGUUAUGUAAGCAUGCAGUUAGAAUUGUGAUCUGAGUAAUGUUAGCCUUAUUGAUGAUGAUGAUGAUGAUGAUGAUGAUGAUGAUGAUGAUGAUGAUGAUGAUGAUGAUGAUGAUGAUGAUGAUGAUGAUGAUGAUGAUGAUGAUGAUGAUGAUGAUGAUGAUGAUGAUGAUGAUGAUGAUGAUGAUGAUGAUACAAAUGAUAUCACUGUAACAGGAAGUUUGUCGGCCUGA